UCUGCCGCCACAGCCCGGUGGAGUCAUCGGACACUCUCACAGCGGCAAGUUUUCGGGCAAGUUAUCAAACAAAGGCUCGGGAAGGCCCGAAAAUGAGUCACUUUAAGGAGCGCUUCGUGACUCUGCUCCAUGAGAAGAACUUUGUGACUGAUCAGUUGGCAACACUGGAGCAAAAAACGGGAGUGAAGAGAGAGUAUAUCGCUUUGGGUUUCCUGAGUUUUGUUGCGAUAUAUCUUCUGUUUGGAUAUGGAGCCUCACUACUCUGCAACCUGAUUGGAUUUGUCUAUCCAGCAUAUUUCUCUAUUAAGGCCAUCGAGAGCAAUAUUAAGGAGGAUGACACACAGUGGCUCACCUACUGGGUUGUUUACGGACUCUUCAGCGUUGUUGAGUUCUUCUCUGACAUCUUCCUCUUCUGGUUCCCCUUUUACUAUGCUGGCAAGUGUUUGUUCCUCAUAUGGUGUAUGGCUCCAGUAACGUGGAAUGGCUCCGAAAUCCUGUACAAGCGCGUGAUCCGACCAUUUUUUCUGAAACACCAGGCCACCAUGGAGAGUAUGGUCAGCGAUCUGAGUGCCAAGGCUAAGAACAUAACCGAGACCGUCACAAAGGAGGGUGAGCCCUUCACAGUGUACAUCUGUUAACCGGGCCCUCAACCACGAAAAGGACCAGUAAGAAACAUGGGAAAGCUGAGUGACAGGAAAUAUAUGUGAUUUCACUUUUGGAUUGCCCUCCUCCUUCUUCUAUGACACUCUGGUGACUGGUUUCCAUCCUCUCUUCACAUCAUGGAAGCGUCACACUUCUAAAAUAAAUAAAGCCGUUUUUACUUCUA